GCUUCCGCCUGCGAGAGGCCGUGGCGGGCGGCUAGGUUGUGGCGGGGGCAGUCAGGAGCCCGCGUCCCGAGCCGCCGGCCGCGCGGCGGGACGAGGCGGGUGAUGGAGCUGGAGCCUGAAGUGCUGCUGCAGGAGGCCCGCGAGAACGUGGAUGCGGCGCAGAGCUACCGGCGGGAGCUGGACCACAGGCUGCAGGGGCUACGGGAGGCGCGGAGGCAGAUCAAAGAAAGUGCAUCACAGACCAGGGAUGUCCUCAAACAGCAUUUUAGUGAUUUAAAGGGAACCCUUGAGAAGCUCCUGGAUGAACGAUUGAUGACCCUUUUGCAAGAAGUGGACGUCAUUGAACAGGAGACCAUUAAACCACUAGAUGACUGUCAGAAGCUCAUAGAGCAUGGAGUCAACACUGCAGAGGACUUAGUCCGAGAAGGUGAGCUUGCCAUUCUUGGGGGUGUAGGAGACCAGAAUGAGAAGUUGUGGAACUUUACAAAAAAGGCCUCCCACAUUCAGUUGGACAGCUUACCAGAAGUGCCUUUACUGGUUGAUGUACCUUGUUUAUCUGCUCAGUUGGAUGACUCAGUUCUUAACAUAGUGAAAGACCACAUUUUUAACCACGGGACGGUGGCAUCUCGCCCACCAGUACAAAUUGAAGAACUCAUAGAGAAGCCUGGAGGCAUCAUAGUACGUUGGUGUAAGGUUGAUGACGACUUUACAGCCCAAGAUUACAGACUCCAGUUCCGAAAAUGUUCUUCAAAUCACUUUGAGGAUGUAUACGUAGGCUCUGAAACUGAAUUCAUAGUAUUGCACAUAGAUCCAAAUGUUGAUUAUCAGUUCAGAGUCUGUGCCCGAGGAGAUGGCCGGCAGGAGUGGAGUCCCUGGAGUGUCCCUCAGAUAGGUCAUUCCACAUUGGUGCCUCACGAAUGGACAGCUGGCUUCGAGGGGUAUAGUUUGAGCAGUCGAAGAAAUAUAGCACUCCGGAAUGAUUGUGACUCAUCAGGUGUUCUCUACUCAAGCGCUCCAACCUAUUUCUGCGGGCAGACACUAACAUUCAGAGUUGAAACUGUGGGACAACCAGACAGAAGAGACAGCAUAGGAGUGUGUGCAGAAAAACAGAAUGGGUUUGACUCUCUGCAGCGAGAUCAAGCAGUGUGCAUCAGUACAAAUGGUGCGGUUUUUGUAAAUGGAAAAGAAAUGACUAAUCAGUUACCCGCAGUUACUUCUGGGUCCACUGUCACUUUUGACAUUGAAGCUGUGACUCUAGGAACCAUCAAUAAUAAUGAAGGCGGAAACUUCAAGCUUCGAGUAACUAUUAGCUCCAAUAAUAGAGAAGUGGUUUUUGAUUGGUUGCUUGAUCAGUCAUGUGGUUCUCUUUACUUUGGAUGCUCAUUUUUCUAUCCUGGUUGGAAAGUGUUAGUAUUUUAG